CAUGGAAGAACGACUUUACUAGGUGUACUUGAAGGCAGCACAUACUAACCCGUGAAAACUCAUUCAUCAUGAACUGUAUCAGGCAGGCUAGCCGUUAGCUUUACGCGCUAAACAGUGACAUGUGUCUGUCCUAACGUCACUCGAACAGCCUUAUCUAUUUAGCCGUAAUAUCAGCUGAUGAAUAUUUCUAAACUGAACGACACUUUCCUGCCUGGUGUACUGGAAACCAACGUUAACGUAUCGUGUUAUGGGAGAUACACGGAGGUCAGACGAGCGGUGGGCUGUUGACUCAACAGUAACGUAGAAACAUCAUCCUAAAAGUGAAUCAUGCCUGGGAAACUUAAGGUAAAAAUUGUGGCAGGGCGCCACUUGCCUGUGAUGGACAGAGCCAGUGACCUUACUGAUGCUUUUGUAGAGGUUAAGUUUGGAAACACAACUUUCAAAACUGAUGUCUUUCCCAAAUCCCUCAAUCCACAGUGGAACUCAGAAUGGUUCAAAUUUGAGGUUGAUGAUGAGGACUUGCAGGAUGAGCCAUUGCAGGUCACAGUGUUGGACCACGACACUUACAGUGCUAACGAUGCCAUAGGGAAAGUUUACAUUGACAUUGACCCGCUGCUGUGCAGUGAGGCUGCCUCUGUCAUCUCUGGCUGGUUUCCCAUCUAUGAUACCAUCCAUGGUAUUCGAGGGGAGAUCAAUGUCCUAGUCAAAGUGGAGCUUUUCAACGAUUUGAACCGCUUCAGACAGUCCUCCUGUGGGGUCAAGUUCUUCUGCACCACAUCCAUUCCACGGUGCUACAGGGCAGCGAUGGUGCAUGGGUUUGUGGAGGAACUUGUGGUGAAUGAAGAUCCAGAGUACCAGUGGAUUGACCGAAUAAGAAGUCCUCGGGCCUCCAAUGAGGCCCGUCAGAGGCUCAUCUCUCUCAUGUCUGGAGAGCUGCAGAGGAAAAUAGGGCUUAAGGUACUGGAGAUGGGCGGGAAUGCGGUGGUGGGCUACUUGCAGUGUUUUGACCUGGAGGGAGAGUCGGGCCUGGUGGUCCGGGCCAUAGGUACUGCCUGCACACUGGACAAACUCAGCUCUGGAAGCGCCCCCAACUCCAACACACAUAUGCACCCUAACACAGCCCCUGCUUCCAAUGCCUGCAAUUCCCCUUCUAAGGAUGGAAAGGAGCCGGUAUUUGGUGAGGACCUGACCUCGUCCUCCGGCCCGCCAACCCCUUUCAGAGCCCUUCCCACCACCUCCUCCUCUCCUCCCCCCUUCUCUCCCUCCAAGCCAUGCAGCCGCCAGUCCUCAUCAUCAGACACAGACCUCAGUUUGACGCCCAAGACGGUGGAGACAGUGAGAAGCAUGCGUGGGAUCUUCCUCUGCCCCAGCUCCCCCACCCUCUCCACGGACACUCUGUCCCUUGUUGGCUUUGGCUCAGUGGGCUGUGGUCAUGGCUCUGCCCCUAGAGCCACCACCCCGCCCCCUCCCUCCUCCAUUCCCUCAGACACUGUCUUGCUGAGAAAGAGCGUGUCCUUCACUGAGGACCUGCUGCUGGCAGCCUCCGGAAUGGGCAGUGGGGGCAGCGUCGGGAAGGAGGCAGGGCCUCUGAAGACCCUGCUCAGACAGCAGACGCAGACGGCUCUCGAGCAGAGGGAGUUCCCCUUCUUCACCUUGACGUCUUUCCCACCUGGUUUUCUGCUUCAUGUCGGUGGAGUGGUCAGCGCCCGCUCUGUCAAACUACUGGACCGUAUACACAACCCUGAUGAGCCAGAGACUCGCGACGCCUGGUGGGAGGAGAUUCGCCAGGAGAUCAAAUCUCAUGCCAAAGCUCUUGGUUGCCAUGGUGUUGUGGGGUACAGUGAGAGCACUAGCAUCUGUGAGGAGGUGUGUAUCCUGUCAGCAUCAGGCACAGCAGCCAUCCUGAAUCCUCGGUAUAUGCGUGAAGGCUGCCUAGACAUUGGAAUUUCAGACCACAGGUUCGAGGAGCCAUCUCCCCCGAGCUGUGGCUUUUGCCACAUCCCGUAUGAUGAGCUCAACAUGCCCUUUCCGGCCCAGCUCACCUACUGUUACCACUGCAGGCGACAAAAGGUUCCUGAUGUGCUGUUCACAACAAUCAACCUUCCACAAGAAGCAGCUGUCACAGGGAAGGGCUGCCUUAUCCAGGCCAGGCUGUGUCGUCUAAAAAAGAAGGCCCAGGGUGAAGUGAAUGCGACGGCCAUCUCCAACCUGCUGCCUUUCAUGGAGUACGAGCUGCACACUCAGCUGAUGAACAAGCUGAAGCUGCGGAGCAUGAACGCUCUGUUUGGCUUACACAUACAGAUCAGUGUUGGAGAGAACAUGCUCCUGGGUCUGGCUUCUGCUACAGGAGUGUACCUUACAGCCUUGCCGGCACCAGGGGGCAUCCAGAUUGCGGGGAAGACUACUGGUGACCUGAGCAAUGAGCACCACAUCCUCACCAUCCAGAAAAGGAUUAAUGACACGAUAGCCAAGAACAAAGAGCUCUAUCAAAUAAACCCUGCGAAAUUAUUUGCCCUGGACCCUGAGGUGUUCUGCGGCAUAAACAUGGAGCUGACAGAGGAAGUGGUGGGUUCUCCGAUUCCUGAGCCGAGGCAACGAUCCAGACUUUUCCGCUCCCACUCAGAAAGCUCAGAUGAGCUGUCAGAACUGGACCUCUCCCAUGGCAAGAAGGAUGCCUUUGUCCUGGAGAUUGAUGAUACUGAUGCUGUGGAGGACAUUCACUCCCUCCUCACUGAUGCCCCUACCCCCACAGGUUUCUACAGCUGCAACACUGAGAUCAUGCCUGGGAUUUACAGCUGGACGUCAGGAGUUCAGAUGUUUACAUCGGUGAGGGUCUUUAGGUUGAGUAAUGCCAGUCUUACUAACCAAGGCUUGAACAAGAUCUUCACUGACCUAUGUGAGAAUCUGCUAAAGAGUUUCUACUUCAAGUUGCGCUCUAUGAUCCCCUGCUGUCUGUGUCAGCUCAACUUCACUGUAGCAGUGCCAGAAGAAGAACUUAUACAGGUCGCUGUGACAGCAGUUGCCAUGACGUUUGACAAAGACCAGGCUCAGGAAAAGCCAGCAGACAAGCCCACCACCAAAGGAGGCAGUGAGACUGAAGAGCAGCUGCAGUUUCCCAUGGAGUUAUGUGCAGAUGCGUCAUCCGCCAACACUCAGCCAUCAUCCAAAAUCUCAGGUACAGUCUCUUUACUCACACCAGCUGCAAAACUCUGCCAAAAUCAGCUGGUUAUGGUUCUUUCACCAGGUGUCCCAGAGAAUACCAACGUCUCAUCCAGAGCUGCCUCCGUUGAUUACGGUUCCUUUGCAGACAGAUGCAGCACCUGGCUAGAGCUGCUUAGGCUGAAAGCUCACACCAUAAGACGAGGAUCAGUUAAGACAAUCUCAUCUUUGGAGCACUGCAGUCCGCUGCCUGAGGGACGUUCCCGCUCGCUGCGCUCCAACCGCUCGUUCAGGGGCAGUCCAGUCACCGUGGUGAAGAUGACGCCGCUCUCCUUCCUCCCCGGGACACGCAUCAUUAAAUACCUUGGGAUCAUCAACAUGUUUUUUAUCAGAGAGACAACAUCAUUACGGGAGGAAGGUGGUGUCAGUGGCUUCCUCCAUACAUUCAUAGCAGAGGUGUUUGCGAUGGUUCGAGCCCAUGUAGCAGCCCUGGGUGGCAAUGCAGUGGUGUCCUACAGCAUGAAAGAGUGUAUGUUAAUGGAAAAUCCAAACAAGAACCAGGCUCAGUGUCUCAUUAAUGUGAGUGGUGAUGCCGUCAUCUGUGUCAGGGAAACGGACCAGGAGCCCAAUCCCUCAAUGGCAAAUAUCGGACAGACCUGCGCUAGCGGAACAGAUGGGGCAACAUGACAGUGAAACACAGAGCUUCACUUUGUCUGCAGGACACACUAUCUAAGUAAAUAUGCUCGAUAAGUCUAGCCGUCCAAAUUUGAGUCAUUUCUGUCUGCCUUAAAACUCUGUAAAAGAUCCAAAGAUUGGGACACAGGUAAUAAAGAACAAGUACUCACACACUCAAAAGCAUGCAGUCUGGAUUAAUAUGGAAGUACAGGAUGUGUCUCUGUGUUUGCUAUGUUUAAAGAGAGCAUUUGUGCUGGAGAUACUAAUGUAGCUCAACGUCAAAGGACCCCUCUGCAUCUAACUUUUGCCUAUGUGUUACAUCCGUCCAUAUUUGGGGUCACCCAGAGCUACAGUAGAUUGGCCAUUCCUUUGUGUGGGCACAAGUGAUGCUUGAGGCAGCUAUGACUAAUUUGUCCAUCCAUAGCUCACAGCUCAGCUCAUUAAAUGGCCAAGCCAAAAGGGACACAGUUGUAUACCAUCAAAUAAUGUAUAAACAGUCAGGUUCUCAUUCAGUGUUAAGCUCUGUUGUGAGUAACUUGCAGAUUAAAGGCCCACCUGCUCAUUUCAGAGUGGCCACAUAAUGACUGCAGAGUAAGGCAAGUAUUACAAUUUCAAAAGCUGGUGCUCUUCCUCAAAAUAGAAAAUUCUCACUAGAAUGGAAAUUUUGAAACUAGAAUCUAAACAAUCCUGUGAUGCCAUUUUGCUUAAAUUAUAUUAGUUGGUGUCCAGUUUCAUGUCAAAAUUAGAUUUUUUUUUAUGGAUAAUUUUCCUAAUUACUGUCACAGUAUUGCUCACAAUCAGUUUCCUAUAGAUAAUCAAAUUUCUUCAUAAAGUGUCAAAUAAUGAUAUAUAAAUAAAUAAUGUUUCAUCUAUAAUAAAAAAAAAACAGGCCAGGAUUACUGGUUCAUGCACGUAUUUUUGUAGAAGAAUUUUCAAUUUUUAAAACUAUUAGAAUUUGUAUUGCUUCAUCUUAAAAUGGUCAAAUCAGCAAUAGCAAAAUCAUGUGUAUGCCUUUUUAUUUACUGUGAUUGGUAUAAUGUGACCCUUUGGGGUCUAACACCAGGGAUGUUUCAUAGGAUAAAGUAUUUGGGCUCCUUCUGACUGAAUUUGCAGUGUGUACUGAAGCAACUCUUGCUUCACUUGCAGCUCUAGGAUCAGUUCCUCUUGUUGAUGCUUCUUGCUGUCAGUGUCAGAUUUCACAUACCGUUGUCAAGCUUCAUCACUUUUGCUUUGGCACUUGUAUUCUGAAUAUUUAUCUUGCUACUGAUCUGUCCAUCUUGACAUUCAUGUCCAAUGCUGGAAAAAAAAACACUGUAUACAUGUUCUUUAAAAUCAGAUUUUAGUAUUUUUGUAACAUAAAAUGUAUGGAACCUGCUCAUUUUGCCUGUGCAAUGGAUUCCUGAUAUUUUGACUCACUGUGUCUGAGAAUUAGUGGUACUCUAAUCUGUUUGUGAUCAGUUCAGUUUAAUAUAUUUGUGUCUAAAACUUGAAUGUACAUAGAUGCUUUUGCUUUCUGACUAGCAGCAUGCAGACCCAGUUUUUAUUGCUAUGAAUCUGUAUGCAUGUCUGGUAUGUCUUGCAAAAUAAACUCAGUCAAACCAA